UCUUCAAACUGUCUAGCCAAAAAUACCUGAAAAAACUCCUUAAAUAAGCCAUUUAAUGUUGCUCAGCAAAUUCUUGAAGCAUGUCAGAGAGUCAAGUUUCYAUAUCAUCAUUUGAAGUGACAAAAAAUCCUUUUGAAAGUGAUAUCGAAGAGAAAUUGAACUAUCCUGGCUUCAGCCCUUCCAUGUUCGUCACUCAAAAAACUCCWGUCAAUAAUCGUAAGAAAAAGGAGUUCAGGUGGUCCAUAGAGCAGAUUUCACGACUCUAUCCUGCCGAUGUUGAUGAGUUUCCUAAUCAAGAAUACAGCAGUACAUACGAAAGGCCUGAAGAUGAAAAGGCUGAACAAGAAGCAAUAGAAGAGUAUUUUUCUCAAGAUGCAAUUGUGCCUUCUCCAUGGACACCAAACCGCUCAGCUAAAAAGGUCACAUUCUCACCUCUGCCCCCUGACAUGCAAUAUAUUCCUGGAAAUGACUGCUCCCUUGACUCUACAGUUUCACAGAAUAACAGUAUGAAUGCCAGGACAACUGAUGCUUGUACUCAGACUCUUUGGUCAAUACCUUUUAAUGCAGUUCAGCUGGAUGAAAUUUUAGAUGAUAGUAGAAAUAUCUCWAACUCAUCAUUAAGAAGAAAGCUCUUCCCAAUUAAUGAGCAAGCUCACAUGAGAAUUGAUAGCAAUAACAACCAUUCCAGUGAGGCCAAUAUAAGGUCUAUAUUAAAAACAUCCAGGAGUCCUGUUUUGGCAACAUCCAGUCCUCUAAGCAGCAAAGCAAACCAACGAAGAGAUACACUCCAAUGGUCUGAAUCAAGUUGCCCUGAUUUCUCACCGAUCAAAAUCAGUCCACUCAAUAGACAAAAACAGUCCCAGUUUCUUGACUCUCCAGCACGAGUUGCAAGAAACUCACCUGCUAAAAUCCUCGAGUCGUCAGGGAUAGAGAUGGAUUUGUUGAUAUUUCCUGAUAUUUCACCGAUUAAGGAUAGUCCCGGAAUAAAUAUUGAAGCAGAGAACAGUAUGAGCACCACCGAAGAAAACGAACAGCUCGAGUCUGACAUGCUUCAAAGCACAGAGAAUAUAGACGAAGAAGACGACAGUGAUGAUGAAAAACCAGCCAAGAUCACUAUGGAAGAUUUAGCGCUUCAUGAUAACAGUGACGAGACCGAGGAAGAUUUACACAAAGAAGACAUUGGCAGUGUUAGCAGUGAUGAUAACGACGAUAAGCCCCCUUGUGUAACUAUGGAAGACUUGUCAACGCCAAAUGAUACAAAUAAUAGCUUACCUCCAAACCUAACAACAGAUGAUCUUUCAAUUCCUGCAGAAAGAGAAAAACAGUCUGCAGACACUACCGAAAAUGAAGCAAUGGACAUUAGUCUGAUAGCUAACCCCCCUAGCAUCACACGUCAAGAGAUAGCCCCSUCUGAAACUAGURMAUAYAAUAGGAACRCAUAUACUCCRAGUCAGCACUACAGUGAAUUUGAUGAAGACCUAGUAAUGGUCAAAGCUGCUGCGGCAAUAAGGAGGGCYAAUCGACUUAAUAAAGAUAAUUAUUAUACCAGUAAUAACUAUUACGAACUUCCAAGUAGUUCAGACUUUUCAGUGUCACAUAUGAAUAUGUCYGAGUUACCAUGGCAACCAGUCAAUAUGUCGACUCCUGUUAAUGGUCYGACAAGAGCAAGGGUUUACGGUAGCUCAAUUGAUAAUGAUUAUAGUAGUACAGGAUGGUGUGACAGCRGGGUCCAUAAUGGGACCAAGAGACUAUCCCCGGUUAUGGAAGACGUGUUAAGAAGACAAGGUGUUUUAAAAGCAACUUUGAGAGAAGUUCAAAGUGACAGUUGGAUGAAAACAGUAUCACCACCGAAUCACACGUCCAGGAAAUGGAGAACACCAAGGAGUUAYCCCUUGUCAAACACAGAGAGAAAGGCAUUGUAUGGAAGACCAUCUAGAGUACCAGAGUAUAYUGACAGCUUUAGUCCACAGCUUUAUAACAAUGAUAUGUUAAGAUAUGAAUCAAAAAGAUUAUCGUGGCCACCCGUCAGGUCCAUGCCGUUACGAGCCUCAACCAGACCCCUCUCCCCCACAUACAAAGUUUACAGUACACAACCAGAGGGAUCUGUCUCCAGAAUGCCUAUACCACCAGUCUACACAAGCAAUAGCAUGGACAGUGGAUUUGAUGAAUGGAAGAAAACAAUUAAUCGAUAUGAAAGAUCCAUG